CUCCGGCCCCUCCGGCCCCGGCCCGGCCCGGCCCGGCCCCGGCCCAUCCCGUCGCAGCCGCAUGGGGCCCCCCGGGCCGGCCUGACCCCUCUCCGAAGCCCCUGUGCCCCCCCGGAGACGGGCCCUGCCGAGGAGCCGCGACGGGACCCCCCGGCUGCCCGUUCCCGGCCGGGCCCUCCGGAGAUCGGAGAGACCCCCCCGGGCCCCGUCCCCACGGGCAGCGGACCCCUGGAACCUCCCCGGGACCGCCCCGGCCGGACUCCUCCGACCCCCGGCGAGACCCCCCGACUCACCCCACUGCUGGAGCAGAUACGCCGGCCCCCUCCGAGACCCUUCCCCGGGGCCAGGGACCUCCGAGGGCACGCGGUUCCCUCCCCGGGCCGCAGGAGCCGGCACCCCUGGGGACCCCCCAGCUGUCCCCGCCGGGGCCGAGGACGCCUGGAGCCCCCCAAGAAGGCCCCGGUCCCCCGGCCCGCAUCCCCGCUCCCGGGCUGGCCCCGGUCCGCCGAGGAUCCCGUUGCCAGGGCUGGGGGCAGCCGGGCUGCCCAGCGCCCCCCCGGCUGAGCCCACUCCGAGCCGGCGGGGCGGCCGUGGGGUGUCGCGGAGCCCCGGGGGGGCUGCGGCACCCUGCGUGUCCCCAGCUCCAUGGCGGCCAAGUGGUUCAAGGAGUUCCCGUCCAACCUGAAGACGGUUUCAGAGAAGGCUCGGCCGGGAAGCGGGAGCCUCGGGAAGAGCCGCAAGAAUUCAACCGCUGAGCUGGGGGGCUACCGGGCGGCUGGGGGUGGCAAGGAAGGGGGCAGCCGGCUGUCACGGGACAACCUGCAGGGUCUGCUCCAGGCCGCCACCGGGAAAAUGCGGAAGAAUUCCCGAGUGGAGGGAGGCACGCCGGAGGGACCCUCCAAAACCUACAUCAACCGCCUCAUCAAGGUGGAGGCUUCCGAGAAGAACGGGAAGGGGCACCCCGGACCCGUGCCUGCCAGCCUGCCUGCCCCCGAGCAGGACAAGGGGAAGCCCCCCAAGACAGAGACGGUCAUCAUCCUGGAGGAUUACGCAGACCCUUACGACGCCAAGCGGACCAAGGGGCAGCGGGACGCCGAGCGCCUGGGGGAGAACGACGGCUACAUGGAGCCCUACGAUGCCCAGCAGAUGAUCACAGAAAUCCGUCGUCGCGGCUCCAAGGAUCCCCUGGUCAAAGCCAUCCUGCUGCUGGACGGCCCCGGAGAGCCUGGGGAGGGGGGUGCCAAGUUGGAUCUUGCCAAGCGGCUGGGGGGCAAGGAGGUGGCAGGGAAGGGGCCACAGCUCUAUGACACCCCUUACGAGCCUGUCGAGGGGGUGGCCGGGGGGACCCCGGAGCGCAGGGUGAGGGCGGGUGACGGCCGCCUGCCCGAGAAUGACGAGCGCCCGGCGGGGGAGUACGAGCAGCCCUGGGAGUGGAAGAAGGAGCAGAUUGUCAAAGCACUGUCAGUCCAGUUUGAGGGCUCGGAGCGUCCUAAGGAGGAGACGCUGCGGCAGCAUCUGCGCCAGAAGAGCUGGACCCCCAAGAUGCUGAAGCCGGCGGGCACCGAGCACAGCGAGGGGGAGAGGGUGGACCCCGCCCUGGCGCUGGAGAAACAGCCCUGGUACCACGGGGCCAUCACGCGGGCCGAGGCGGAGAGCCGGCUGCAGCCGUGCCGGGAGGCCGGCUACCUGGUGCGCACCAGCGAGACCGGCAGCGGCAAGUACUCCAUCGCGCUCAAGACCAGCCAGGGCUGCGUCCACAUCAUCGUGGCCCAGACCAAGGACAACAAGUACACGCUCAGCCAGGCCAGCGGCGUCUUCGCCAGCAUCCCUGAAGUCGUGCACUACUACUCCACUGAGAAGCUGCCCUUCAAGGGGGCUGAGCACAUGGCCCUGCUGCACCCCGUCCACUGCAAGCUGCAUUAGCGUCGGCUGAUGCCGCCCCCGAGUGGUCUGCGACCCCCUCCCCACCCCGUGGCAUCAGACAGCGCUGGGCACGUACCACGGGAAGGGUCCGGUGAGAGAACCCCUGCCCUGUCUCCAGUCCUGAAGGGACUCCUGGACUCCAGCAGGGCUGUCCCCCUUUGGCUGGGACAGGUCCUGGCCACCCUGUGCCAGAACCGCCUCGUCACGGGGCUGCCCGAGCUGGGGGCAUGCAGUGAGACUGGGAUGUGUAAUGAUCUAGUAAAAUAAAGUUGUUGGCUGAGAGGGA